AUGGAACUUGCUGCACUCCCCAUACUGGGUGGUGCGCAUGAUGUCUCUGCACUUGCACUCGAACUCGAACUCCCGAACUUCCCCACAAUGAUCCAGCAGUUCCUUUAUGACCAGCUUCAUGUUGGAGACCAUGAGGCCCCCGAUUUCGACCCUGUGGCAGUACCAUCUUUUAUGGGCCGAGUGGUUUUCAGCUCGGCAGCAGGAUCAUUCCAUGCCCCCAGUGACCUCAGUGGUACUGGAGGCAUGCAACGUGAGCACAUUCAGGCGACGACAUCAUGGUGA